CAAAAAUAUCCUUUCACUAUCCUAUCCACCAACAAACUCCUUUGACGAGCGCAACAAACGCAAACUCCAUUAUGGCCGAAGAAGUAUAUGAUGGCGCGAUCGGUAUCGAUCUCGGUACUACAUAUUCCUGUGUUGCCGUGUAUGAAGGCACCAGUGUCGAAAUCAUCGCCAAUGAACAGGGUAGCUUCACCACGCCGUCUUUUGUUUCGUUCACGCCGGAAGAGCGGUUGAUCGGCGAAGCGGCAAAGAACCAGGCGGCAAUGAACCCAGCCAACACUAUCUUCGACGUGAAGCGCUUGAUUGGUCGUCGAUUCGAUGAUGAGACCGUGAAGAAGGAUAUUGAGUCUUGGCCAUUCAAGGUUGUGGACAAGGACGGCAAUCCUUUUGUACAGGUCGAAUACCUCAACGAGACCAAGACUUUCUCUCCACAAGAAAUCUCUGCUAUGAUUCUCGGCAAGAUGAAGGAGGUUGCAGAGGUCAAGCUUGGCAAGAAGGUCGAGAAGGCCGUAAUUACUGUUCCAGCAUAUUUCAAUGACAAUCAGAGACAAGCUACCAAGGAUGCCGGCUCAAUCUCUGGCCUGAACGUACUCCGAAUUAUCAACGAACCUACUGCUGCCGCCAUUGCGUAUGGACUUGGCUCUGGUAAGACUGAGCGUGAGCGAAAUGUUCUCAUCUAUGACCUCGGUGGCGGUACCUUUGAUGUAUCCCUUCUUCACAUCCAAGGUGGCGUGUUCACCGUCAAGGCUACUGCUGGUGAUACACAUCUCGGAGGUCAGGAUUUUGACACCAACCUUCUCGAGCAUUUUAAGAAAGAGUUCCAGCGCAAGACUAAGAAGGACAUGUCUGGAGACUCCCGUGCUCUACGAAGACUCAGAACUGCCUGUGAGCGUGCGAAGCGCACAUUGUCCUCUGCCUCUUCCACUACUGUGGAGAUAGACUCUCUCUUUGAUGGUGAGGACUUCACAGCCACCAUCACACGCGCCCGCUUCGAGGAGCUGAACUCCAAGGCUUUUACUGGUACUCUCCAACCCGUAGAGCAAGUCCUUAAGGAUGCUGGCCUCGAUAAAAGCAAGGUUGAUGAGAUCGUGCUUGUUGGUGGCUCGACCCGUAUCCCACGGAUACAGAAGCUUCUCAGUGAAUUCUUUAACAACAAAAAACUUGAGAAGAGUAUCAACCCUGAUGAGGCAGUUGCAUAUGGUGCUGCUGUUCAAGCUGGUAUUCUCUCUGGUAAAGCGCAGUCCGCAGACACUGCUGACCUUCUGCUUCUUGAUGUUGUUCCCCUUUCCCUCGGCGUCGCUAUGGAGGGCAAUAUCUUUGCCCCAGUUGUGCCCCGCGGGCAAACCGUUCCAACUUUAAAAAAGCGAACCUUUACAACUGUCGCCGACGGGCAGCAGAGUGUACAAUUCCCGGUAUACCAAGGAGAACGAGUGAACUGCGAGGACAAUACUAGUUUGGGCGAAUUCACUCUCGCUCCAAUUCCUCCAAUGCGGGCUGGUGAGCCUGUUCUAGAGGUUGUUUUCGAGGUUGAUGUAAACGGCAUCCUAAAGGUCACCGCCACGGAGAAGACUUCUGGUCGCAGCGCCAAUAUCACUAUUUCUAAUUCUGUUGGCAAACUCUCCUCAAGUGAGAUCGAGAAGAUGGUUAGCGACGCUGCCAAAUUCAAGACCACAGACGAGGCAUUCAGCAAGCGGUUUGAAUCGCGGCAGCAACUCGAGGCAUACAUUGCACGUGUUGAGGAAAUGAUUUCGGGUCCGAGCACCUUGAAGCAAAAUCAACGUAAGAAAAUCGAGGACGCACUCAGUGAUGCCAUGGCCCAACUCGAAGUCGAGGAUGCCACUGCGGAUGACUUGAGGAAGAAGGAACUUGCCCUCAAACGUGUAGUCACGAAGGCCUUUUCCACCCGCUAGAGUGGCGGGUUUGCGAAGCAAAGUUGGACUAGGCUAAAAGGGUUUGGAGUAUAACGACGUGACAAAGCUGCUUCUAAACAUGACUUUGAUGCAUAUGGAACUCCUAAAAGUGAUACGGCUAUUUUCAUAGAUUGGAAUUUUCGCGUUCCAAAAAGUGCCUUACGAUUCGGAUGUCCAGCUGUGUGCAAUGAGGAACGUUAAAUCCGCCGUCUUCAUUCAAAGGUUAGUCUGUAGUUCUUAGAUAGCGAUCGAUGCAUGGCAAUUUGAAUUAUGACGUCGCAACUUUUGAAGGGUGGUAAAGUCUAUUAUGCACGAUGGUAUCCAGUUGAAUAAUUCCUCGACAUGGCGAUGAUAUGAAAGCAACGACAAUGUAACUUCAUGUUCUCCGUACAAGACGCUCGGAUCUUGAGGAGCCCUGACGACUCGUGCCAACCAUCUCGGUUCAGGCGGGCGCGCAUGGAUCACAUUCUACGGCUGGAU